AUGAAUAUUUUAAGUGCUCUGAAGAUAAAGAAGCUCAACAUGCUAAAUACCUGCACCUCCUACUACGACUUCCUGAACUGUGCACCCAACUGUCUGGAUCCAUUGAGCUGCUCAACUGUGCCGCGCGAUCCGCCUUCGCAGCUGGAGUUUAAGCGUCCUCCCAAAGUGGUCAGAAGUGGAGUGCAGUACUUCGAUGUGGAUGACAAGGCGGCGCAGUGGUAUCUCGACACCCGCCGAUCCGCAGCCGAAAGAAAGCCAUGCAAAAGGAGGUUCUGCUUCAGGUUUCAUGUGCCCAUACGACAUGCUCUUCAUCGAACGGAUAAGGCGGCGACUUACGCCCUGCCAGGACGGCGGGUGUCCCCCGAGUUCCUUAGCCUACUCAGGCAGCACCACGCCAGGAUGCGGGGUCUGGAGAGGCUGCCGCGAAAGUACCGGUCACGCAAGCCCAACUUCUCCUACUACAAGUACGAUGCGGCGGGUAAGAGCCGGCACAUGCGACCUGGCAUUUCUACAGCUGCACCUGUGGAGUUUCCUUGCACCAAUGUGAACUGCAUUCGUCACAGGGUCUGCUCAUGUCCUCCGAAAAAGGAAAGUCCCCCACAGGCCCCGUUAAGUCAGGCGGAUUCCAAUCCUCCUGUAUCCCACACAAAGCCCAGGAAAACGCGCUACUCGCCUAUUGGUAAAGAGAAAGCAGAUGUUUUAGUGAAAAAAGGUGAAAAUGGUGCUAGGGACAACCCCAAGGCAAGGGACAGCCAGCACAUGUUUAAGUUGCACAGAAUUUAUGCGAGCAAUCCAUCCUUAAUGCCACCGGUAGCUAAUCAAGACCCCCCUAAGCCAAUUGCAUCGAAAUCACAACCUAGUAUGAAUCCCAUGGAAGAGAUGGGCAGCUGUCCCUGCUCAAUUGAGCAGCCCAAAACCCGAGUUCCACCCAUAUGUGACGGUAAAAAUGUUAAGCCCAAAAGGAUUCGUGAUCCUCGUUGCAUUGAGUACGAGAAUAGGCCUUUCUUCAAAGCCAUCAAGGGAACUACCUACCGAUCCCGAAAUAGAAAUAAGAAACCAAGGAACUUUGGUAAGAAGAACUGCUGUGAAGACCAGAGUAAGACUCAGGCGGAUGACCAGGAAGAUCCGCCCUCAGAGAACACUUUCUACUCAUCCGUCUCCAAUCAUCAGGAACUUGGUCUGGAACAUCGCAAGCGACCCGACCUCCAUGAUCAGAACGAUAUUGAAAUCCCACCAAACCGUCAAGGAAAUAGCCUCGGCUAUAGAGGUUUCAUUCAUCGUUCCGAACAGCAGAAACUUGUUGAUCGGGGCUGUGCUCCAGUCCCGAAGUGCAAGAGUAAGCCACCGCCAUAUUGCUACCUCUGGUCCGCCGUCGAUCCGGAUAUUCGGAAGGCGGAGAAGCGUCGUCUCGCGGAGCACAAUUGGUGCCAGCGGCAAAUGUUUCCAGACAGUAAACCUUACUCCUACUACUGGUCCACAACGAAUCCGGAUGUAAGGAGCCAGGUGAAGCGGCGAUUGAGGGAGGCUGACAGCAGGCGCAGUUGUGGGGUGCCCCGAAGGAGCAUCCAACCACCCACAUGCAGUGAGGAUUAUUCAGAUCGAAGUGAAGGUAUAUGUACCUGCAGCAGAUCUACACUUCAUCCGUUCUUUGAGAUAACUAGCUCAGAUUCUUUUGAUCACCACAAUCAUUUGUCUUGUUCUCGUGGCAAGAAACUGAAGUCAUUUGGCCUAGGACACAGUAGAAAUGGGAAAGGAGCACCAAAUGACUGUUUACUUGACUGGAAAGAGCACAAUCAUUCCACAAGUAAAAUGAUCCGUCCUAGAUGGCCGGAACUCAUCUCGAGAAAGUUAUUCGCAGACUCAGAUAGGCAUCUCUCAAAGAAACCACGCCUGCUGCCCAGACUACAUGCAUUUGCCAAGCGAUUUCUCUGGUCAGGAUCUAAGGCAAUUGAGUUCAAGUCCAACCAAUCGGGCAGCGAAAGACCUAGACCCCGAUCUAUAAGUAUCAGGAAGGCUAAGUCCAAGGAAAGGGAAACUUCUGAUGUGGACCAUCAGAAAGAUAACCAAACAGCGAUGUGCAACGAAACCAACUCUUCAGACAGGAAAAUCAUCUUCAGGGAUCAGGCCAGUAUCCGGGACAUACGGGACCCAAGAGAUCCCAAGUUAUGGUCUAAAACAGUAAAGAAAAGUGUAAGAGCCAAACGCCCACGUUCCUCGGGCUCAGAAACCAUUACGUACAGAAGGAGCACCAACUCCUCCUUUGGGCUACCAACCUGUUCCAGACGAUCACCAAGAGCCAGGUCCCAGGCAAAGAAGUCCCCGCUAUGUAAUGAAAGGUGUUCCCCAGACAGUGGCAGUCAUGGGAGCAGCCACUCAAGUGAUUGUCUAACCACCUGUCGAGUUCCUCAUCCUUUGGUAUCCCGGGCCCAGCGGGAGUGGGAGGAACACCGGAAGCGAAAGAGGGCUAAGGUAGAGGAAUGCAGACCAUGCACAGAUUACUUACUCACCUCACGGCCAACGGAGCCACAAGCUCCGGGCAUACGUCGAGGAGUGGUUACGUAUCGAAACUAUGAGUUUACCACGGAACUAAGUGAUCCCUGCGUGAUCGAGCCAAAGGGAAAACGUUUCCGAUUUACAGAACAGUAUCCCAUGCACAGGGAUAAACACUAUGCACGGUCACGAAGUUAUCGUCACUGCGCUCGAUGUUGCGAUGAUUCCGAUGAUGCCUCCAGGCACAAAACUCCACAAGGCUCGAGAAGGAUGCGGGGAGGUAUAGAUUUUCAUAUUAUGGAAUAUGAAUAUUCUUCACGAAGGCCACGCUACACAGCGCACACCUUUCCAAAAAGCUUGCCUUUCAAGCUCGAAAGCAACGAGAGGGGACAUUCCCCAAAACCAUGGAACUCGUCCAAGCACUUGUUUUGUUUCGACUAGAAGUAGGAUAAUCGGUCAAGCAAGCCGACUGUCAAGUGGCUAUACCAUCUUUAUAGAAAUGGAUUACCACCUGACAUGCGGACUAGCAUG